GUGAGCGAAUUAUGCCGCAGUCAUUCAAAUUAGUCUACUUCGAUGGCCGCGGUAGGGCCGAGCUUUUGAGGUUAACAUUUGUUGCUGCUAAUAGGAAGUUUGAAGAUGUCCGAGUCGACGUUAUGGGAUGGCCAUCACUUAGGACAACAACACCUUGGGGAACCUUGCCUUUGCUGGAAGUUGACGGCCGCACUGUCGCUCAGUCAAAUGCUAUCGCGAGAUACCUGGCGCGAUCUUUUUUAUUAGCGGGCCAGGACAAAUGGCAGGAAGUUCUCGUGGACUCAGUAAUAGAGGCUGCAUCUGAUUUUUUGGCAAAAAUUUUACAUAUAGGAGAAUUCAAAGGAAAUGACCUUGAAAAGGCAGACGCAGUGCACAAAUUCAAAGAAGUGACAGUCCCUUCCGUACUUUCUAACUUUGACCGCUUCAUAUCACAGCACGGCAACAAUGGUUUCACCGUGGGAAAUCAUAUGACCAUUGCGGAUAUCGCCAUAUUCAGUGUGUUGGACAAUCUAUUUCAUCAUGGCAUUCUCGAUAGCCAGUCGCUGGAACAUUAUCCAGGCGUCAAAGCAGCGUUUAAAAGUGUCAAAACUCAACCAAGAAUUGCUGCUUAUUUGAAUGAAAGACCUAAUGCAUCUUUUUAAAUGUUUUUAACCAUACAUGAACAGCUAACUGCUUGGCGCGCCAAAAUAUCACAAUACCCUAAUACACUAUAAAUAUACGUAUUUCUCGCUGUUGUAGGUACAAAUUCUGUAAAUUAAUUUGAGAAAAAUCUGUGUUUGUGAGACAAUGUGCAUACUAUU